AUGACACUAAGCGACGAUUAUAUUGCCAUGCAAGAUGAUCCUUGGCGCGAUCCAUAUCUGACAGACGAAGAGAAUGUUUCGCCAGUUAGGCUGAAUAGGCCAAAGCCCAGUCUUCUCGUCACCGAAAUCGGCAAGAAACCAACGUCUGAAAUGAAAAGCCAGUGGGAGUCAGAUGUGCGCAACGCAACGGUGGAUGUGGACCUUCAAAGCAUGUUUGAUUCCCUUGGCCUCCUGGAGAAGUUUCGCGAGUUUCAGGCAUCGCAUGGCACUGCUAUAGCCAAGCUUGCCGACAAGAUUUGUGCCAGGGACGUCCUCAAGGGCAUGUGGUUUGCGUCUGACACAGGCACCAGACGUGAACUCGUGCGCUUCAUUGACAGGUACCUCCACCUGGUCAUGGACGAGCUAGCUCCAGAUGUGUUACCUUUUGACAUCAUCAACCACGACUGGCGCUCCAUCUUCGACACUGAGCUGAUGCCUGGUCUCCUUGUCGGCUACCCUGACCGGGCUAGUUUGGAUGAAAAUCGCUGCCUUCAUGGCUUAUGCUGCCUGGAUAUCUACAUGCCAGUAGUUAUUUCAGGACAUGGUCUAAUCGACGACUCCAGCGAGGGCAAGGAUAUGGAGAAGAUGUGUGCCUGUGUGCGCGGUAUGUGGGCAGUCCAAUUUACUCGCGCGUUUAUCCCAGCACUGUACAUCGACGACGACUUCAAUGUCACGUUGUAUGUCUUUACUCGUGGCAGACUCCUGCGCACUGUGCUUGGCUCGCUCGUGGAUACCAACAAGGACACGCUCAUCAGCCUGAUUACACCACUGGCGUUUCACCUUCUACAGACAGAGCACUUUGGGAGGUUCUGCAACUGGUAUGAUGAAAUGUCAAGUAUGAGACUCACUCAUCGUACGCCAGUAGAUACCUAA